AUGCUUGGCAUAAAUCACAUAAAAACUACAGCUUACCAUCCUGCUGCAAAUGGAGCUAUUGAAAGGUGGCAUCACUCCUUAAAAUCGGCUCUCAAAGCACAACUGACAGCAGACUGGGUUUCCAAACUUCCAUCAGUUCUGCUUGGACUUCAUUCAAACAUAAUACCAGAAAUAGGAGUUUCACCUGCACAGCUCGUCUACGGAGAACCAAUCACCCUCCCUGUUGAUUUCUUUGAAGACUCCAAGCUGCCGAAUGACAUCCCUAAACUACUUGCUCGACUUCAAGACCAUGUCAAAUCAAUUCGUCCUGUACCAUUUCGCCAUCAUCACAAACGAUCUAUUUUCAUCCAUCCUGAUCUCAUGACCUCAUCUCAUGUCUUUAUUCGUCAUGACGCAAUAAGAAAGCCUCUUCAACCAACAUACGAAGGGUCUUUCAAAGUUGUUUCAAGAGGUGACAAGUAUUUUAACAUAUUAUUGCCACGGGGUGAAGAUACCGUUUCUAUUGAUCGGCUGAAACCUGCAUUUAUUCUUCAAAAUCAUCUUCAACCUACACAGUCUCAGAUGGAUAAAACAAUGGAGUCAGAUAAUGAACUGGUGAAACAACCUGAAACAGACUCACCACCAACGAGACCUAGAAACAUCAAGACUCAACAGCCUUCAGCCCAACCUGGACCUUCUGGACUUGUCCCUGAACGAAAAACCCGCUCGGGACGUGUUGUGAGGUUCUCUUCCAAAUACCUCACAUGA